AUGGUUGUUUGUACACUGUUUCUUGAACAUUUCACUUUUCAUGCAGUUUUGACCUUCCUUCUUCUUCUUCUUCUUCUUCUUAUUAUAUUAUUAUUAUUAUUUGCUUUUUUCUCCCCACCCCCGUUCCUUCUUCAUCUCUUCAGCUUUCUUCUUCUUCUUCUUCUUCUUCUUCUUCUUCCAUAUGUUCAAUUCGCCAUUAACUGCAACCUUUUUUCUUUCAUUUUUCGAUAUCCCCUCCUCUCACUACCUCAGUUCAUCUCUCCAUUUUCCGUUUUUUUUUCUCCUCCUCUCACAACUCUUCUCCUCCCCCCCCCCACUUCAUUCUUUACUUUCUUCUAUCACUAUUUAACUUCUAUCUGCUAUCUAUCUACCCCACUCGUUCGCGUUCUUUCCGAGUCAACGCACCCGUCAUUAUGUCUUCAGUUGACAUUACUGUCCUGUUUGGACAAGAAUCGUACCUAUCUAUCUAUCUAUCUAUCUAUCUAUCUAACUUCUAUUCUUAUCUAUCUAUGCCUCAUUUCUGUCUGCCGAGAGUCUAUUCAUAUCUUCCUGUCUAUUGAUAUCUAUCUAUCUAUCUAUCUAUCUAUCUAUCUAUCUAUCUAUCUAUCUAUCUAUCUAUGUCCUGCUCUUCAUUAUCUAUGUCUGUCGACAGUCUAUUCAUAUCUAUCUAUCUAUCUAUCUAUCUAUCUAUCUAUCUAUCUAUCUAUCUAUCUAUCUAUCUAUGUCCUGCUCUUCAUUAUCUAUGUCUGUCGACAGUCUAUUCAUAUCUAUCUAUCUAUCUAUAUAUAUAUCUAUCUAUCUGUCGAUAGUCUGUUCAUAACUCUAUCUAUCUAUCUAUCUAUCUAUCUAUCUAUCUAUCUAUCUAUCUGUCGAUAUCUGUUCAUAACUAUAUCUAUCUAUCUAUCUAUCUAUCUAUCUAUCUAUCUAUCUCUUGCUCUUCAUUAUCUAUCUAUUUAUCUGUCGAUAGUCUAUUCAUAUCUAUCUAUCUAUCUAUCUAUCUAUCUAUCUAUCUAUCUAUCUAUCUACGGAUGCUAUCGUGUUUUCACGGAAACCUUCGAAUACAUAAAAUAUUUCCUUCUUUUCAUUCUCUCUCUCUCUCUCUCUCUUUCUCUCUCUCUCUCUCUAUCUCUCUCUCUCUAUCUUCCUAUCGCUCCUUCCUGUAUCACACACUCCUUCUCUUUCUCCCAAUCUCUGACUUCAUUUCCCCAAUCUCUCUUUCGAUGGCGUACGUAA